GGAAAAUGGCGGCGUAGGGAGCGGGGCUCUGGCAUCCCGGCGGCUCCCGGCGCCAUGACCCGCUGGGUGCCCACCAAAAGGGAGGAGAAGUACGGCGUAGCUCUCUACAACUACGAUGCCAGGGGACCAGAUGAGCUUUCCUUACAGAUUGGGGACACUGUGCACAUACUGGAAACUUAUGAGGGCUGGUACAGGGGUUAUACACUAAGGAAGAAAUCCAAGAAGGGCAUAUUCCCUGCCUCCUAUAUCCAUCUUAAGGAAGCAAUUGUUGAAGGCAAAGGGCAACACGAGACAGUGGUCCCCAACGAGCUGCCCCUGAUCCAGGAGGUCACCACCACUCUCAGGGAAUGGUCCAUCAUCUGGAGACAGCUCUAUGUGCAGGACAACAGGGAAAUGUUCCGCAGCGUCCGGCACAUGAUUUACGACCUGAUCGAGUGGAGAUCCCAAAUCCUCUCUGGGACCCUGCCCCAAGAUGAGCUCAAGGAGCUGAAAAAGAAAGUGACUGCCAAAAUUGAUUAUGGCAACAGAAUUCUGGAUUUAGAUCUGGUGGUUAGAGAUGAAGAUGGCAACAUUUUGGACCCAGAGCAGACCAGCACCAUCAGCCUUUUCAGAGCACACGAAAUUGCUUCCAAGCAAGUGGAAGAGAGGCUACAGGAGGAAAAAUCUCAGAAGCAGAAUAUUGAUAUCAACAGACAAGCCAAGUUUGCUGCCACUCCUUCAUUUGCUCUAUUUGUAAAUUUAAAAAACGUGGUGUGUAAAAUAGGAGAAGAUGCUGAAGUCCUGAUGUCUCUGUAUGACCCACUGGAAUCCAAAUUCAUCAGUGAGAACUACCUGGUGAGGUGGUCGAGCUGUGGCCUCCCCAAGGACAUUGACAGACUGCACAACCUGCGAGCCGUGUUCACUGACCUGGGCAGCAAGGACCUGAAAAGAGAGAAGAUCAGUUUUGUGUGUCAGAUCGUGCGUGUGGGCAGGAUGGAGCUGCGGGACAACAACACGAGGAAGCUGACAUCGGGGCUGCGCAGACCCUUCGGGGUGGCAGUGAUGGAUGUUACUGACAUCAUUAACGGGAAGGUUGAUGAUGAGGACAAGCAGCACUUCAUCCCAUUCCAGCCGCUAGCGUUGGAUGACGCCAUUCGACACAAGCAGCUGAACAUAUCAUCCCGUUUUUCACCCAGGGUGGCAGGGGAGAAUGAUUUCCUGCAGACUGUUAUAAACAAAGUGAUUGCUGCUAAAGAAGUCAACCACAAGGGUCAGGGUCUGUGGGUGACUUUGAAACUUCUUCCAGGAGAUAUCCAUCAAAUUAGGAAAGAGUUUCCACACUUAGUGGACAGGUCAACAGCAGUGGCUCGGAAAAUGGGCUUUCCUGAGAUUAUCAUGCCUGGAGAUGUUCGUAAUGACAUCUACGUCACCUUGGUGCAGGGAGAUUUUGACAAGGGCAGUAAAACCACAGCAAAGAAUGUGGAAGUCACAGUAUCUGUUUAUGAUGAAGAUGGCAAGAGAUUAGAGAGUGUCAUUUUUCCUGGUGCUGGUGAUGAAGCCAUCUCAGAGUACAAGUCAGUGAUCUAUUACCAAGUAAAGCAGCCUCGCUGGUUUGAGACUGUAAAGGUUGCAAUCCCCAUCGAGGACGUGAACCGCAGCCACCUGAGGUUCACCUUCCGCCACAGAUCCUCGCAGGACUCCAAAGAUAAAUCUGAGAAAAUAUUUGCUCUGGCAUUUGUGAAGCUCAUGAGAUAUGAUGGGACAACUCUGAGAGAUGGAGAGCACGACCUUAUCGUUUACAAGGCAGAAGCCAAGAAGCUGGAGGAUGCCUCGACCUAUCUCAGUCUGCCAUCCACGAAAAUCGAGCUGGAGGAGAAGGGACACUCAGCAACAGGCAAGAGCAUGCAGAACCUGGGGAGCUGCACCAUCAGCAAAGACUCUUUCCAGAUUUCCACUCUGGUGUGUUCCACAAAGCUUACCCAGAACGUUGAUCUCUUGGGGCUGCUGAAGUGGAGAUCCAACACGAGCCUGUUGCACCAGAACUUGAAGCAGCUGAUGAAAGUUGAUGGUGGUGAAGUGGUCAAGUUUCUUCAAGAUACACUGGAUGCCCUUUUUAACAUCAUGAUGGAGAACUCAGAGAGUGAGACCUUUGACACUUUGGUGUUUGAUGCUUUGGUAUUUAUCAUUGGACUGAUUGCUGACAGAAAAUUUCAACAUUUCAACCCUGUGUUGGAGACCUACAUCAAGAAGCAUUUCAGUGCUACCUUGGCCUACACAAAACUGACCAAGGUUUUAAAAACAUACGUGGACAAUGCUGAGAAGUGUGGGAUCACUGAUCAACUCUUCAAAGCCAUGAAAGCCUUGGAAUACAUCUUCAAGUUCAUUGUCCGCUCCAGGAUUCUGUUCAACCAGCUGUAUGAAAACAAAGGAGAAGCAGACUUCAGGGAGUCUCUGCUGCAGCUCUUUAAGUCCAUCAAUGAGAUGAUGAGCAGCAACUCUGACCAGACUGUCAUAGUGAAGGGGGCAGCACUUAAAUACUUGCCAGCAAUUGUCAAUGAUGUGAAAUUGGUGUUUGACCCAAAGGAGCUCAGCAAACUCUUCACUGAGUUCAUCCUGAACGUGCCCGUGAGCCGCUUGACCAUCCAGAAGCUUUAUUGCCUCAUUGAGAUUGUGCACAGUGACCUCUUCACCCAGCACGACUGCAGGGAAAUCUUGCUGCCAACAAUGACAGACCAGCUCAAGUAUCACUUGGAGAGACAAGAAGAUUUGGAGGCUUGCUGCCAGUUGCUGAGUAACAUCCUGGAAGUGCUCUACAAGAAAGACGUGGGCCCCACACAACGGCAUGUCCAGAUCAUCAUGGAGAACCUGCUGAGGACAGUGAACAGAACUGUGAUUUCCAUGGGACGGGACUCCGAGCUCAUUGGGAGUUUUGUGGCCUGCAUGACAGCCAUCCUGAGGCAAAUGGAGGAUUAUCACUAUGCCCAUUUAAUCAAGACUUUUGGCAAGAUGAGGUCGGAUGUUGUGGAUUUCCUGAUGGAAACGUUCAUCAUGUUCAAGAACCUCAUUGGCAAGAACGUCUAUCCCUUUGACUGGGUGAUCAUGAACAUGAUGCAGAACAAAGUCUUCCUGCGAGCAAUUAAUCAGUAUGCAGAUAUGCUAAACAAAAAAUUCCUUGAUCAAACCAACUUUGAGUUACAGCUCUGGAACAACUAUUUCCACCUGGCUGUUGCUUUUCUCACACAAGAAUCUUUACAACUGGAGAAUUUUUCAAGUGCUAAAAGAGCAAAAAUCCUUAACAAGUAUGGGGACAUGAGAAGGCAAAUUGGGUUUGAGAUCAGGGACAUGUGGUACAACCUGGGCCAGCAUAAAAUCAAGUUCAUCCCAGAAAUGGUGGGGCCUAUCCUGGAAAUGACGCUGAUCCCAGAAACAGAGCUGAGGAAAGCCACGAUCCCAAUCUUCUUUGACAUGAUGCAGUGUGAAUUCCACUCCACCAGGAGCUUCCAGAGGUUCGAGAACGAGAUCAUCACCAAACUGGAUCACGAAGUGGAAGGAGGCCGUGGAGAUGAGCAGUACAAAGUGUUAUUUGACAAAAUUCUCCUGGAGCACUGCAGGAAGCACAAGUACCUGGCAAAGAGUGGGGAGACCUUUGUGAAGCUGGUGGUGAGGCUGAUGGAGAGGCUGCUGGACUACAGGACCAUCAUGCACGACGAGAACAAGGAGAACCGCAUGAGCUGCACCGUCAACGUGCUGAAUUUCUACAAGGAGAUCGAGAGGGAAGAGAUGUACAUAAGGUACCUGUACAAGCUGUGUGACCUGCACAAGGAGUGUGAUAACUACACAGAGGCUGCCUACACUUUACUCCUGCAUGCAAAACUCCUCAAGUGGUCAGAAGAAGCAUGUGCAGCACAUCUUACCCAGCGGGAUGGAUACCAAGCUGCUACUCAAGGACAGCUGAAAGAUCAGCUCUAUCAAGAAAUUAUCCAUUACUUUGACAAGGGCAAGAUGUGGGAAGAGGCCAUUGCCUUGGGUAAAGAACUUGCAGAACAGUAUGAAAAUGAAAUGUUUGAUUAUGAACAACUCAGUGAACUGCUGGUAGGUUUUUUUAAUGACAUAGACUCUGCAAUAAUUUAUUUCAAACUGAUUUAUUUAGGCACUGGUUUUAGCUCUGGGGGUGCUGGUGGCAGCUGAGGGUGCCUCUGUUUGCAGAACAAAGUGUUCAUUUACCGCGGCAAGGAGUACGAGCGGCGCGAGGACUUCGAGGCGCGGCUGCUGACGCAGUUCCCCAACGCCGAGAAGAUGAAGACAACGUCACCCCCUGGUGAUGACAUCAAAACCUCCUCUGGCCAGUAUAUUCAGUGCUUCACUGUAAAGCCCAAACUGGAUUUACCCUCCAAAUUUCACAGACCGGUGUCAGAGCAAAUAGUGAGUUUUUACAGGGUGAAUGAAGUCCAACGCUUUGAGUAUUCGCGCCCUGUUCGAAAAGGAGAGAAAAACCCAGACAACGAAUUCGCAAACAUGUGGAUUGAGAGAACCAUCUACGUGACAGCCUAUAAAUUACCAGGGAUCCUCAGGUGGUUUGAAGUCAAAUCAGUUUUCAUGGUGGAGAUCAGCCCUCUGGAAAAUGCCAUCGAAACCAUGCAGCUGACCAAUGAUAAGAUCAAUAAUAUGGUGCAGCAGCACCUGAAUGACCCCAACCUCCCCAUCAACCCCCUGUCCAUGCUGCUCAAUGGCAUCGUGGAUCCUGCAGUCAUGGGGGGCUUUGCCAACUAUGAGAAGGCUUUUUUUACUGAAAAAUACAUGCACGAGCAUCCAGAGGAUCAUGACAAGAUUGAGAAGCUGAAGGAUCUGAUUGCUUGGCAGAUCCCAUUCCUGGCUGAAGGCAUCCGGAUCCACGGGGAGAAGGUGACAGAGGCCCUGAGGCCAUUCCAUGAGAGGAUGGAGGCGUGUUUCAGGCAGCUCAAGGACAAGGUGGAGAAGCAGUACGGGGUCCGUGCCAUCCUGUCCAGCCUGGAGGAGCGGCGGGGCAGCCGGCCCCGCUCCAUGGUCAGAUCCUUCACCAUGCCCUCGUCAUCCCGGCCCCUGUCCGUGGCCUCCGUGUCGUCCCUGUCCUCGGACAGCACACCCUCCCGGCCCGGCUCCGACGGGUUCGUGCUGGAGCCCCUCCUGCCAAAAAAGAUGCAUUCUAGGUCGCAAGAUAAAUUGGACAAGGAUGACCUAGAUAAAGAUAAAAAGGAAAAGAAGAAGGAGAAGAGGAACAGCAAGCAUCAAGAGAUAUUUGAUAAAGAAUUUAAAUCUACUGAUAUUUCUCUGCAGCAGGCUGAAGCAGUGAUCCUUUCAGAAACGAUCAGCCCCCUGAGGCCGCAGAGACCCAAGAGCCAGGUGCUGAACGUGAUGUGCAGCGAGCGGCGAUUCUCGGUGUCCCCGGGACCCCCCAGCUCCCAGCUGAGCCCGCCCCCCAUCACCCCUCGGACCAAACUGGCCUUCAGCAUCCAGCCCAAUCUGGAGCUGAAUGGGAUGUCCAGCUCUGACAUCCCUGACAUUCCCCCUCCUCUGCCUCUCAAAGGAAGCACAGCUGACUAUGGGAACCUCCUGGAGAGCCAGGAUUUGAUGAGCCCCACCACGUCCCCCCCUGCCCAGCAGAGGCACCUGCCUCCUCCACUCCCCAGCAAGACUCCGCCGCCGCCGCCUCCCAAGACGACGCGCAAGCAAACGUCUGUUGACUCUGGGAUUGUCCAGUGAAGAAGGAAACGGGUUUGUUUUUCCAAAGAUAAAGCUGUAACAAUUCA